AUCAGCUGGUGUCUGCUCCUGAUGAAGAAGCCAGGAGUCUACUUAUGCUCCUGUCUUUUCUCCUUUGCUUUUCCCUUUCUUUUUUUCCACUCAGUCAUGGCCUCCUUCUACUUCAGCUCUGAUCUCCAUCUCUGUUCAAAUAACGUUUUUGAUGACUUUUUAAUAUCACACACACUUUUCUUCCUUUCUCUUUCUUUCUUUUUUCUCUCUUGCAGAAACCAAAUGGGGAAUCUGUUAAAAGUGCUCACUUGCACAGAGCUUGAACAGGGGCCAAACUUUUUCCUUGACUUUGAAAAUGCACAGCCGACAGAAGGAGAGCGAGAGGUGUGGAACCAGGUGAACUCAGUCCUCCAGGACUCUGAGAACAUCCUGUUUGGCUUGCAGGCAUACAAAGGAGCCGGCCAGGAGAUCAGAGAUGCAAUUCAAAAUCCCAACGACCUCAUGCUGCAGGAACGAGCCUGGAACUCCGUCUGCCCACUGGUCAUCAAACUGAAGAAGUUCUACAGUUUCUCUCUUAGACUAGAAGAGGCUCUGAAGAGUUUGUUAGACUCCCUGACAUGUCCGCCGUUGACACCCACUCAGCACCUGGAGAAGGAGCAGGCGCUCGCUAAACAGUUUGCAGAGAUCCUCCACUUCACUCUGCGCUUCGAUGAGCUCAAGAUGAGAAUUCCUGCCAUCCAGAAUGACUUUAGCUACUACAGAAGAACUAUCAGUCGAAACCGAAUAAACAACAUGAAUUUGGACAUUGAAAAUGAAGUCAACAAUGAGAUGGCCAACAGGAUGUCUCUGUUCUACGCUGAGGCCACGCCCAUGCUGAAAACACUCAGCAACGCUACAACAAACUUUGUGACAGUGAACAAGACUCUUCCACUGGAGAACACAACAGACUGUCUCAGCACCAUGGCCAGUGUUUGUAAAGUCAUGCUGGAGACACCGGAAUAUUCGAGUCGUUUCAGCAGUGAGGACACACUCUUGUUUUGCAUGAGGGUCAUGGUCGGGGUCAUUAUUCUUUAUGACCAUGUUCACCCCAACGGUGCCUUCAACAAGUCCUCAAAGAUAGAUAUGAAAGGCUGUAUAAAAGUCCUGAAGGACCAGCCAGCAGACAACGUAGAAGGUCUUCUGAAUGCCCUCAAAUUCACCACAAAACACUUGAAUGACGAGUCCACUCCGAAGAACAUCCGGGCAAUGCUCCAGUAAUACCUAUAUAAAAUAUAUAUAUAUAUAUAAAUAGAUAUGAAGAGGAUCAAUGCUCUGACCUCAAAUAAGAUGUAUAUGUUUACAUUAUUUAAAAAGACUCGAUGUUAAUACUUGUUUGCAUUUGCAUAGUCAUUCCCUCCAAGUUACUGAAACCUGUAGAACAUGUACCUUGUACUUUGAAAAAAAUAUGAAAGCAUCACAUGAAUUGCCUCUACUGUUAAUAGCUGUCAGAGCACAAAUGAUGGAUACCUAUCAGCCUUAUACUAUAUAACUGAACUUUGCAAGCAGCACUUGGAACUGAAAGAACAAUGUCCUUAAAAAGAUCUUGUUAAUGUUUAAUUGACAAUGGAAUUAGUUUAGUGUACAGGUCUUGUCGAAUUCAUCUUUGGGAUUGAUUGGUUUGAUGAGAUUGAUUGACUGAUUGACUGAUUUGUUUGAUGAAAUGGUAAAAGCAUUUGGGUGUUAUCUCUUUUUAUAGUCAGCUGUUGUAUUUUUUUUUCCAAACUCCUUGUGCAUCUGAUAAAAUAAAUCCACUGUGAACAUAAUAACAUACUUUGCACAUUCAAUAAAAUCCAGUAUGUCAAAGUUUGUUUUAACUUAGAGGGUUUGCUGAUUGAAGAUUCCAUGAUAAUGAAUCACAAAAUCAAAUCAACCAACCAAAUGUUUUAUUUAAUCGUUUUGUGGUAAUGUUCUGAAUGAUAGUUGAUGAUAGUUGUGUUUUUCCAUGUUUUAAAUAACUUUUUUGUUGCUUUUGUAUUAAACAGACAAAAAAGAUUUUUUUUUAAUCUCUUUCCUUAAAGGUUUCCGUUUUCUCUCUUUUAAAAAAAAUAAAAAUAAAUAAAUAAAUAAAUCUGUUUACUCUCUAGAUGAAUUCCCAGAUGGGUUAAUGGAAUAAUUCACCUUGUCUCCACUAAAGGGACAAAUGUGACCAGGUUCAUUUUUUAUUUUAUUUUUUUAAUAUGAAUUUUGAUAUUGUUCGACAUGUUUAAAGCAACAUCUAAGUUUACUAAGUGCUUAUGAGCUCUGUUAAUUGUCUUCUAUGCAUCAAACCACACCUAGAAUAAUUUCAUAACCUAAAAUAUAAUAGUUUGAAAUAAUGUACACUUCAAAAUUUGCCUUAAAUUCAACUCUGGAAUGACUCAAGACUUGAGUGUUGACACCUGCUGUGCGUAUGAUCAUUGUCACUUGUCAGAAGGACCCAUUUUAUUGUGUAUUUCUGAUAUUCUAGCUCAUUUUACUAAUAUUACACCACAGACAUUCUUGAUUGCCCGUCAGUUCCUCCACAUGUAGCAGCAGCUAAACCCUGCUAUAACUAACCUGUUCACAUGGUCAGACAAUCUCAUCAUCUGUGAUGGUUUUAUGUUGAAGUCAGUGAAAUUGUGGUUUAGUUUUUCUGCAAUCUUUAUAAAGUUUAAUGGAAAAUUAGUUUGUAUUAAAGUACGCAACUAAUAAAUAUCUAGAUAAGUUGUUAAGACACUUUAUUUUUGGUAAAAUUGUUGUAAAAUGUUCUACUUUCCAGAGGAAAUGAUUUCUUCAUUUUUACCAUCUGUGAUAUUACAAUAAUGACUUAAUGACUUCCAGCACACCAUCGUCAACCCUGUGAUCUUACAAUGUGUAAAUGUCUGUAGCAUAUCAUGGAGAACAACAGUGCCUUGAAGACAAGGCAUAAACUGACAAAUACUAGGAUUUAACGUGUGAGACCUGUAAAGACUAUUUUUAUUUUUCAUCCACAACAUAGAAUCACUUGAAUUUUAUUUCAUGAGCGAUGUAUACCUUACACUGUACCAUACACACUCCUCAACUUUGAUUAACAUGUCAGUUUUUUUUGUUUUUAAGCGUGAUCCU